GGCAGACUAAGUUGGAUCUCCUCUCUUCAGUGAAUCCCUCAAUCCCAUCAAAAACUAAAGGGAUGUGCAGAGUCCGGAAAAGGGGCUACUUUGGGAUUUGGUCGUUUCCCUUAAUCAUCGCCGCUGUCUGUGCUCAGAGUGUCAAUGACCCUAGUAAUAUGUCGCUGGUUAAAGAGACGGUGGACAGACUGUUGAAAGGCUAUGACAUUCGUCUGAGACCAGAUUUUGGAGGUCCCCCUGUGGCUGUAGGAAUGAACAUUGAUAUUGCCAGCAUUGAUAUGGUCUCUGAAGUCAAUAUGGACUAUACCUUGACCAUGUAUUUUCAGCAAGCUUGGAGAGAUAAGAGGCUGUCCUACAAUGUAAUACCUUUGAACUUGACUUUGGACAAUCGAGUGGCAGACCAGCUCUGGGUGCCUGACACCUACUUCCUGAAUGAUAAGAAGUCUUUUGUACAUGGGGUGACUGUCAAAAACCGUAUGAUCCGACUGCAUCCAGACGGCACAGUCCUGUAUGGCCUCAGAAUCACAACUACAGCUGCCUGCAUGAUGGACCUGAGGCGGUAUCCACUGGAUGAACAAAACUGCACCUUGGAGAUUGAAAGCUAUGGAUAUACAACUGACGACAUUGAGUUUUACUGGCGUGGCGAUGAUAACGCAGUCACGGGGGUGACGAAGAUUGAACUUCCUCAGUUCUCCAUCGUAGAUUAUAAACUUAUCACCAAGAAGGUGGUUUUCUCCACAGGUUCUUACCCGAGAUUGUCCCUCAGCUUUAAGCUGAAGAGAAACAUUGGCUACUUCAUCCUGCAGACGUACAUGCCAUCCAUUCUGAUUACCAUCCUCUCGUGGGUCUCCUUCUGGAUUAACUAUGAUGCUUCUGCUGCACGAGUUGCAUUAGGAAUCACAACUGUCCUAACAAUGACCACAAUUAACACCCACCUCAGGGAGACUCUCCCUAAAAUUCCCUAUGUAAAAGCCAUCGACAUGUACCUGAUGGGGUGCUUUGUCUUUGUCUUCAUGGCCCUUCUGGAAUAUGCUUUGGUCAACUACAUCUUCUUUGGGAGAGGACCCCAGCGCCAAAAGAAAGCAGCAGAGAAAGCUGCUAAUGCCAACAAUGAGAAGAUGCGCCUGGAUGUCAACAAGAUGGACCCCCAUGAGAACAUCUUACUUAGCACUCUCGAGAUAAAAAAUGAGAUGGCCACAUCAGAAGCAGUAAUGGGACUUGGAGACCCCAGGAGCACAAUGCUUGCCUAUGAUGCCUCCAGCAUCCAAUAUCGGAAAGCCGGAUUGCCUAGGCAUAGUUUUGGCCGCAAUGCUCUGGAGCGACAUGUGGCACAAAAGAAGAGUCGUCUGAGGAGACGUGCCUCUCAACUGAAAAUCACCAUCCCUGACUUGACUGACGUGAAUGCCAUAGAUCGGUGGUCCCGCAUUUUCUUCCCAGUGGUGUUUUCCUUCUUCAACAUUGUCUAUUGGCUUUAUUACGUGAACUAAACUACAGCCUCCCAUGGGACGCAAGGACUAGAUUACUCCUCAAACUGUUGUACAGCCUGAUGUAGGACUUGGAAAACACAUCAAUCCAGGACAAAAGUGAUCUUAAAAUACCUUAGUUGCUGGCCUAUCCUGUGGUCCAUUUCAUACCAUUUGGGUUGCUUCUACUAAGUAAUGAAUACACUAAGGUCCUUGUGGUUUUCCAGUUACAGAGCAAGUGAUACAUACACAUGCUGGAAAGAUUGAGUGAGAAGUAUUCCACUUUAUGAGUUUAGUGCACAGCCUACUCAGAGGGUUAUUAUCUAGAUUCUAGAAGAUGUUAAAAAGCUGAAUAGUACUGGCAGUCAAUUCUCUGAGACAUGAUUAUUUCGCUCUCCAUCAUUGUUCCUAAGAAUGGCAUGCUGUUGGGACAGCACUGUGCUUAUGAAGCAUUAUCUGCAAUAAUGGAAACAUGUUACAUCAAUAUGGUCAGUGAGGUCUGUGCCAGAUGAUAAUGGUGUCAUGGACAGGUGAUUCACAAGGGUCUAAUAGACUCACAUGUAUUUGGAGAACAAUCAAAGUAGGGAGGUGGGGCAAAGCUUCAAAGAAGAAACUCAGGAAACCAAUUUAUCUGCUCUGUUCACUUGCCUACAAAGAACCAGCUGCAACGUCUUUCAAUUUGGCAUUGAGACAGAGGAAGACUUCAGAGGAGACCAUGCAUAGCAGCAAAGAUGUAUGUUUUGUCAGAAAACUAUUUCUGAGGUGGUUAAAAUAUAAGUUAACAGCAUGGAUCAGGCAGGGUUAAAAAUCCAGAAAUGACUUGUAGUUAAGAGAAAGCAAGACAAGCCAGUGCAGCCCUAAAUCUGUGGCACAUGGCAUUGGGUCUGCAGACAGUGCUGAUCAUAAAAGAGUAGAAUGAGAGGGAUGGCUUUGCCAACCUCAUAAGCAUAAGCUGAGCAAAUGUAAGGAAGGUGCUUUUUCAUCGUUUAUCUCAUCAACAGGUAGCUAUCAAAUAGCUAGUGAAGAGAAUUAAAAGUAUCUUGAUAGGUUAGAUUGAGAAUCAUUCUAAUAGUCAAACACAGAGCACAGACGAGCAGGUCAUUUUUCUCAGUGUCAGCUGCCCCUACAUCAUCUCCCCAUCAGUUUAUUUCUGAAUUGAAUACGGUAUUUCAAAAAGAGAACUUUUUCUUUGCUCUAAAUGAUUAAUCAUCAUCUUUAGCGUUUCUUGCUUUCAAAAUUCUCUUUUUACACUUAGGAGACAGACACAGCGAGGUAUUUCAGAGACUGCAGGAGCUGGGUUUUCUUAGUUGCCCUGAACUCCGUCUUUGUAUUUGCCAAGGCAGGUGUAUGUGCAAAGGGAAUCUGUGUGUCAGUUGGGUCUGGUGAUUUAAAGGGUGCUUGCAUUGUAUAUAUUGCAACCUACUUAGUCAAGCAAAUCAUAAGAACUAGUGGACAAUGGGAUUGGAACAAAGUCGUGGUAAGUGUUGAGCUCUGGGUUGACACUGCAGAAGUGUAGACAACUGACAAGCAGGAUGGUGAGAUGUGUUGUUUUUAUUCUACCUUUCCAAUUAUAUCAUUCUGCAUCUUUCUAUAUUGGGCUUACACAUUCAUAUACUGGAUAGAAAAGAGAACAGGCUGAUAAAUUUUAUUUUUUGUCAAUAGGGGUCUCCUAUCUGGCUUUCACCUACAGAAAAUACUGAAUUACUAAGUUUUCUAUAAGUUUGGCUCUGAUUGACCAUUUCCUCAGAGGAUGCCUGCUAUUUCUACUUUCAAAAUAAUCCAAAAACAAUUCUGUCCUCAGAGUAAGGUCCCCAGUAAGUGCGUAGGCGUCAAGGCUAGUAUCAUUCUGCAGGUAAAGUACCCAUUUUCUUCCCCUCAUGAUUCAGAAACUUGGGAUAUUAAGCAUUAUUGUUCAUUUCCAUUCCAACAAUUAGAGAGAAACAAGAAAAAGGGAAAAAUAAUUUAUCACUCAUUUUCUAAAUUUUCACAAAGUUGGGAUGGUAGGGUGGUUUGGUUUGGUUUGGUUUGGUUUGGUUUGGUUUGGUUUGGUUUGGGUUGGGUUGGUUUGGUUUGGUUUGGUUUGGUUUGGGUUGGUUUGGUUUGGUUUCAGUCAGUGCUGGGAAGUCUGGCUCCUGUGUUUUGGUUAUGUACCUGAACACCACUAAGUUACUGGACCACAGAUCUGACAAAGAAUCUCUGCAUGCACUCAGAGUAGAGAUCCUUCAAGCUUCUCCAUGCUUUCUCCUACGCAAUCAUUUCUGUGGAUCACAGUAAUAAAAGUGCCUAUCCCUUGUCACCAAGGGGUGAAGUUCGAAUCGAAAAUAACAUGAAAGAAGCAUAACAAUAAACUCAGGGGCACACCUGUGACACGCCAUUCUGAGAAGAUUUUUCUAAAGACAAUUCAGAGCCUAAAUCUAGGCUCCCAUUUGCAAUUUCCAUAAAAGCCAUAAAGAAUCCUAGAUAUUGUCAUUUGUGAUUAUAACAAAAUCUUAGAUGUCCAGGGAAGUCAAGCAAACUAUUUAGAUCAAAAUGGAGGGAAGCAGCCUCACAGCAUGGGCCUCACAUGCAUAUGACUAGGAAACAUCUCUGCAUUUAACUAAUGCAGAGAGAAGAUGGAACCUUGGAACCAAUGUUCUAGAGUGAAACCAUAUGUUGGCAUUCAAUAACCAUGUAGGAAGAAAACACUGAUUCAUCCUGUCCAGGAAUAGUGAUCCAUGUAGAAUUUAUUUUUAAGCUACAUAUUUAGUUGAAUUAGAAAUGCAGGAAAGGGUGCUAGGUCUGAUGAAUCUGGGAAAACCAAUUAGUUUGCUACCCAGUAAUUAAACUAAAGGACCACCAAGGUGUGUUUUGGCAAUCUUAAAAUGGCAUUACAAUAAGUUUAUACAUAUGUAUAGUUUUUUCUUUUGUUUAUACAAUAACCAGAUAGCCAGCAAUUAAGGUGUUUUUUUUCAUCUCUGAGAAAUUAAUAGGCAAAAUCCGACUCUCAAAUGCACAGUCUAAAAGAAAUCUCUGAUCUCAAUCUGUAUAUAUAUAUAUUGUACAUGACUGCUUGUAGGUAUGAAAUGCACUUCUGAACUGAAAUCUCAUGCAACAUACCCAUGUGUUUGCAUAGGAAUGUUACAAUUAUUUCUACUGCAAUUUAACAACAGGGGAUAGGACUCAAGCAGUGUCAUCUAGUCCUUCUUUCUCUUCAUCUCAACAAGAGCAGUGCUAAGUAAAAUAAUAACAACAAUAAUAAUAAUGAUUGUUUUUUUAAACCAAAAGACUCUACAUUCUAGCAUUAGGACCACACAGAAAUGAUCUGUCAGCUUACAAAAGCACAAGACAUCACAAAAGUGCAGUGGAAUAGUUAAUGGAGAAAUGAAUCAUGGUUAUUUUAAGCAAGACCUGCUUUAAAUUGGCAACUAUGACCACUUCUAUUUUCUGUAGGUCACUGUGUUUCAGUCUUAUGGCUAAUUUCAUGCUAAAAAACAAAAACUGAAAACAUCAACAUAGACAGGUCUUAUAGCAUAUCUACAUGUGUAUAUGUGUAUAUAGAGAUCCGUGUAAACACACAUGCAUAUGUAUGCAUUCAUAUGUCAGAAACAAAAGGAAUAAGCUAAUGAGUUGUUCCCUUCAUUGAGCCUGUAUAUGAGUAUUUUUUUUUCUAAUUUGGCAACCCACAGUCAUCAUUCUGACAUAAGUAAUACAGGGUACUGAACAUCUCUCUCAGCAAAUCAAUGCCUACAGUUCCUAAGAACAUUGUACAGUUUGACACUACACUAGAACUGUACCUCAGAAUAGCAGAUGUUAACUAGUUUCUGCAUUGCUUGUCAAAUGUCCAUUUGCUCCCUUUCUAAGGACACAGAUAACGUUGUUCAUUGGUGAUUUAAAAUUUAAAAAAAAUAAGAAAAUGGAAAAAAAUCCUCCUGGGAGGAGAAAAAAAGAAAAAAAAAAAAGAAACUAACCCUCACCAUGUUGGUCAGGGAAAAUUACAACUGUAGCAAUCACGCCAUUUUGCCAAGUGUACAGAGUCUGUUAUGUAAGCAACCAUGACUUUCACUGAGUGUGUGUAAAUAUUUAAACAGAUUUCUUAAAUAUUUUUAACUUCUAAUUUGUAUUUUAUGGUAAGGCAAUGUACUAAUUCUGUUUAUGGCUUACAUUGAUGUGUUACAAUAUGUAUAUAAUUAAAGAUGCUGUAAAUUAAUAGUCAAUAGAUACAAAUAACUGUUUAGGGUUUUUGUCUUAAUUUUAUCUAUUUUUUUUUUUUUUUUUUUUUUUU